GACAGGCUAUGGGCGAAUGGGGUAGCGAAGAGCAACUGAUUGCAUUUGGCAAGGAAGGUGAGGGCUUGUUCACGAAAGAAGGUGGUAUACGAAGGCCUCAAGGUGAGAAGAUGUGGGUUGAUGUCCUCGCCGAGGCUCCAGCUAGCCAGUAGUGCGUCGCAUCGUCCUCGCUAUCUAUGACAUGGUACUAUCUGGCAAAACUGACUACGGUCACCGACCUUCCACGUUCUCAUAUUCUUCAGUCAUGGUGCGAAUGCAAAACUUGCCUCGACCGCUGCAACGCUUCAGUGUUGCUGUACUUCAGCCUACCUUGGGUGAUCGGACCUUGAGUGUGUUCUUGUGGUGGUCGUUGCCACCACGUAUCCACUUCUCGCACGCGUCGCUGCUUUUUGGAGGUCUGCUUCAAUGCUUUGGGUCCUGCCAGCCACCCCGAUGUUGCAAACAUUGCAGUCCAGCGCUUUCAAUGCUGCCUACGCAUGCUGACGUCUACACCAUGAAGCUCCCACUGGUUCGGAACAUUGAUCCUCGUCUUGUUCCAAUGGGUGUUGUCAGACUGCUGCUUGGUCUGCUCUUUGCUCAUCAUCUGAGCAGCACAUCAAUGGGUCUUCGUAACUCAAUGGAAGAGUUCUCCUGCACAGCCCCGACCAGAAUGUAUGAUCGUUCAAUCAACUUGCAGGAUCAGAUCAUUCCUCGUUAUACUUUCCUGGCGUCAUAUUGUCAUACCCACGUCGACCCUCUUCGCCUCGUGCAUGUCGUUGGGUCGCUCCACUCUUUCUUCCGCGUAUACGUCGAUCACCGUUGAACCUUGGUUCUUUUGACCCGAGUGGUCGAUCUGACAUCCGGUCCAGGAUCUCCGACUGGCCAUGCGAUU